AUGAAUUUAAUUCGGGAUAAAGAAAAUGGAUUAUCUCAUCGUCAAUUAAAAGAAAAAUUUCAAGUAUCAUUAGAUGAUACUAGUCAAGUACUCAAUGAUACUGUGUACGAGUGGUUUGUCGCACAAAGAUCGAAAAGAAUUCCGGUUUCUGGUCCUAUAUUACAAGAAUAUGCAAGAAAAGUUGCUCUGGAAUUAAAUGAUAAAUCUGAUUUUAAAGCAAGUAACGGAUGGUUAUAUCGUUUCAGAGCUCGAUACAAUAUCAAAUUUCGAGCUAUUUCUGGUGAAUCAGCAGCUGUUGAUCCUGAUGCAGUUGACGAUUGGAAGAGUCGUUUAUCGUCAAUGCUGAAAGAUUAUAAUCCCGGUGAUGUUUAUAAUUGUGACGAAACAGGAUUAUUUUUUAAAUCAAUGCCUGAUAAAUCAUUUGUUCUUGAUAAUAAUGAUUGUAAAGGUGAUAAUGCACCUGUACAUCCACCUGAUAUUAAGUUAGACAAUAUUACCCUCAAAUUCUUUCCAAGUAAUACGACAGCUCUUAUUCAAUCCAUGGAUCAAGGGGUAAUUCGCACCAUUAAAGCCUAUUAUUGUCGACAGUUAGUUCAACAUAUCAUAACAAAUUCUAAUCACGCUUAUUCAGCUGAUGAUAUUGUUGUCACGGCUUUAGACGCUGUUUGUUGGAUCGAUUUCGCAUGGAGAUCCAUCACCGAAUCAACUUUACGGAACACAUUUAAGGCAGCUGGAUUCGAGAUUCCUGUUGUUUUAUCAGAACCAACAUCGAGUAAAACAACAUUUAUUGAUGAAGAUGUUGUUGUACAACAAAAUGUGUGCUUAAAUGAGCUUGAUAGAGUACUUAAUCAUUUGACUAUUGGUGGUAAGACUAUGUCAGCUAGUGAUUUUGUAACCGUGGACGACAAUGUACCAGUAUUCAAUGAGUGGAACGAUGAUAUUGAGAAGAUUUUAUCUUUCGAUGGUGUUUUAGCAGAAGAUCCACCUCAAGAUGAACAAUUAGAUCCUGAGACAGUACCAGCAUUAUCCGAAGUACUCAAGAUGAUGCGUCAGUUACACUUACUAUCAACUGCGCAAUAUCCUGAAUUACAUCCAUUCGUCAUACAACUUGAAUCGAAGCUGAUCAAUGUGUUUCUGGAUUCCAGUGUUUCACAACAACGUUCUAUUCGUGACUGCUUCAAACCUAUCUAG